AUGGAAGAUGCAAAAGCGAGCUUGACGGCCAAGGGCAGCGUUGUCGAUGCAAGCCAGUAUCCGGCCUUCUUUGCAGGAACACUCGUGGUUACCAGCUCCGGCAGCACGGACAUGCCAGAAAACAAAGCAGAAACUGCUGCGGAUACUGACAAGGAAGCUGCAAAUACUGACAAGGACGUUGCAAACGCUGACCAGGAAGCUGCGAAUACUGACAAUGAAGAAGCCGCGACUGCUAACAAGGCAGCUGAGGAUGCUGCCAUCUGGCAGCAGUUGGAGCACGGCCGCGCCUAUGACGAAGAGCGUCGGCAGGCUGUGGACAGCUAUGCACACAGCGUGACCUUAGAGAAGGAUGGGAAGCCCACAGCCGUUAUCCGAGCCGCCCCAGGGGAGGACGUCGAGCUCCAUGCCAAGGGAUGGAUCCAGAACAAGGAGGGUGACACGAGCCUGCAUCAGUUGCUGCUGGUACUGGACACGACGAUCAUCGCGGAGGUCUACGACUCCAUUCCCGGAGGCGGCGACACCUUCGACACG